AGGUGCAGCUGACUGCAUCAGAACACAAAUAUGGCUACAAACAGCAAGAGUAACGCAUCCGCAGCGGCCGCCACUCAGGCUCAGUUCGUUGGAAUCAUUCCCGAGUACGAUGGGGACACGGACGAUUGGAGCAUCUAUCAGGAAAUUCUGGAGGAAUACUUCAAGGCCAACGGGGUACCGGACAGGAACAAGGUCUCGGUGUUGAUCAGUGUCAUCGGAGCCGAUACUUAUAGAUUGCUCCGUGAUUUGUGUCAUCCGGACUCACCGAAGGACAAGAGCUAUGUGGAAUUGUGUGCAAUGCUGGCGAAGCAGUUUUUACCGGAGAUCACAAUCUUCCGUGAGAGGUCCAAGUUCUACCGAGCGGAGCAGCAACGCGGUGAGGACGUCAAGACGUGGUACGCCAGGCUGAAGAAUCUGUCAGUGAACUGCAAGUUUGGAGAGCAUCUGGAGCCAUUGCUGUUGGAUAAGUUCAUAGUUGGAUUGGUUUCCGGACCGGUUCAAGAUCGUCUGUGCGAGGAAAGUGAGAAGCUGACGUUGAAGGAAGCGCUUGACUUGGCUGCCAAUCGUGAAUCUGCCAUCCAGGGUGAUGUGAUUGCUGAGCACAUGGCCGGUAUGCAUUUGGAUGACCUGAGACGUGGUCGUAGGAUGCAUGGUGGUGGUCGUCAUCAUUACCGUGGUCACCGUCAUCAUCACGAUCACGAUCAACUCGGCGGUGGUAGACAUGGUCAUCACGGAAGACACGGAGGUCAUCAGCACGAUGGCCCACCUCAUCACGGUCGUCACGGCCAUGGACCCCAUGGUCACGAAAUGCAGUUUGGAUUCGGUCCUUGUGGUCCCCAUGGUUCACAUGGUCCACAUGGUCCCCAUGGUUCACAUGGUUCAUAUGGUCCACACGCUUGGGGAGGUCAUCAGAUGGGACAGUUCGGUCCAAGAGGAUUCCGUGGUUUCGAAGGCAUGGGACCAUGCCCGGUUGGAAUGCGUCGUCACGAUAUGAAACGUUGGGCCAAGAUUUGCCGGAAGCUGCAGGGGCGUCGAGCCCAGUCGAGUUGCAGUAGCUCUAGUAGCAGCAGCAGCAGCAGCUCUGAUAGUGAAACCGAGGGUGAGAAGAAGUGUAAAGGCCGUCGUCACAAAGGACACGAGAAGCAUGGUCACCAUGGAAAGUUUGGACCUCGCCGCGAAGGAGGACCGGGCAAGUGUCCUCGUGGAAAGCGAUACGGAAGGAAGGAGCAAGAGGUGGACGAGCCGGUUGUUACGGAGAAUACGGAGCCGGAGCUGAUUGAGUGAAGGAUGAGAUUGAAUCUAUUUUGUAAUAACCACUAUGUAAUCAUCGUAUAGACAUUUAACCAAAGAAAAACAAUUUAAAAUUAUGUUAUGAAAAAAAAUUAA